UCAGAACGCCUAAAUUGGUGUAUCAGAAUCCAGCUUUUGUAUUGCUGUUGGAUGGCUCACAACUGUUCUAGGGUUUCCAAACAAGGAGAAGCCACUCAGAACCGUGCCAAAACCCAACCAUCACUACCGACGAUCUAAAGGACAAUUUUGAAUACUAGUGUUGCACCAGAAUCUUGUUUAUUAGUAUGAGUCAAUAAAACAAAAGAUGCUUUCAGGAUUGAAGUUCAUACCCAGGGAUCAAAUUGAUAAGGCACAGGAAGAAGACUUGGAUGAUUCUAGAAGAGAGAAAAGGAAAUCGGGUAAUAGGAAGGAAAAAGAUAGUAAAAAAAAGAAAAGUUCUCAAUAUGGUAGUUCUGAUGAGGAUGAUCUUGAAAGAAUAACAAAAGGAUCUAGAAAGAAAAGGAAGUGGUAUUCUUCUGAUGAGAACUCGACAUAUUCUACUGAAAGUGAAAGUGAGGAUGACUUUGACCGAGAUGAAAAGAGAAAUAGGAAUAAGAAGAGAGAGAAGAAGAGACAAGGGAAUAGCUCAAAAGAUGAAGCUAGAGGUAAGUUGAAGAAGUCGAGAAGCAAGAGAAAUGAUUAUUCAUCUGAAGACUAUUCUUCGGUUAAUUCUGAUGGUGAAGAUAAGGAAGGCUACUCUCAUAGAAAAGGAAGUAAAAGCCGUGGACAGAAAAGGGUUAACAAAAAAGGGGGUGAAAUGGAAUCUGUGGGAGAAGACUUGUCUGAUUAUGGCAGAGGAUCUUUUGGCAAAAACAAUAUUGUGAGAAAAGAAAUGGGAUUAGAGUGGAUGCUUAGACCCAAAGACAGCAUAGAGAGAGAGACUGCAACUGCAACAACUUCUGAUCAGCUAGAGGAACCUCAGGUUGAGGAGGUGAAAGAAAAUCCCAGAGAAUUGAAUCCAUAUUUUAAGAAUAAUGGAACUGGUUAUCCAGAAGAAGCCGAUGGGACAAAGGCUGGACGGAACCAACUUCUGUCUUCUGCUGUUGUUGGAGAUGGAGGUGCAAGUUGGAGACUGAAAGCCUUGAAGCGAGCUCAGGAGCAGGCAGCUCGUGAAGGAAUGGCCCUUGAGGAGGUUGUUGGAGAGCGGUGGGGAUCCCUUGGUCAGCUGGCAGUUUCCGUGGCAUCUCGUACAGCUGCUCCAUCACGUGCUCACCUCCAUGCCAUAAAAAAUAGAAAGAAGGGGCUAAGUGAGGAACAACAAACAACUGUGCAUAAUCAGAAUGAAAAGGUUACUGAAAAGAAUAUUGGAAGAGAAAGGCUGAGGGAUACAUCUCGUCGUCAUUCAGAGAUGAAAGUGCCUAAGCUUCAUGAUUCUUUAUCUUGGGGCAAGCGGAAAAGUCAAAUCAUGUCAUCUAAUAAAGAUUCUGAUCUUAUCUCUACUGCAAUGGCAAGCUUAAAUAAGUUCGCAAACGAUGGAAACUUUAUGAGCGAAGUUAUUCGUCAGCAGAAUGAUGACCGCGGUGGUUCUCGUUAUAAUUGUGAGAGAAAUGUGGAGUCUGAAUUGGUUUCAUUGGAAUCUCAGAAACCUGGUGAAUCUAGUGCAGUUGUUAAUCAGGGAAUGAGUGCUAACCAGUUGGCCGCAAAAGCUUUGCAACUUCGUUUGAAAGGAAAACAUGAAGAAGCUGAAAAACUCUUGAAAGAGGUGGAGAACAUUAAAGCGAAGCAAAGUGCUGUGGACGAAUCCAGUGAAGCACAAAAUGAGAGAAACAGAAGAAGAUAUGGCACACAUGACACAUCUAUUCGGCAAAGAAAGAAAGAAGAUGAUGCUGACAUGCACCUUGCCCAAAAGAUAGCACAAAAUAAACAGUACAGUAUAUCUGGUCGGGCAGAUGAUGAAUAUGAUUUUGAGGAUGGUCCAAGGAGAAAGACUCGGAAGAAAGGGGCCAAAGAUAAUAAGUUAACUGAGAAGACUAAUUUUCCCCAGCGAAUCUUGACUCAGCAAGAGCGUUGCCAAUUCUGUUUUGAGAACCCCAGCAGGCCAAGACAUCUUGUGGUUGCUAUAGCCAAUUUCACCUACCUCAGUUUACCACACUGGCAGUCCAUUGUGCCAGGCCAUUGCUGCAUUUUAACCUCACAGCAUGAAUCAGCCACAAGGGCUGUUGACAAUAAUGUGUGGGAUGAAAUUCGCAACUUCAAGAAAUGCCUUAUCAUGAUGUUUGCAAAGCAAGAGAAGGAUGUAGUGUUCCUUGAAACUGUGAUGGGGUUGGCGCAGCAAAGGCGUCAUUGUAUGGUUGAGUGCAUUCCUUUGCCCCAAGACAUAGCAAAACAGGCACCUCUCUAUUUUAAGAAGGCAAUUGAUGAAGCUGAAGAUGAGUGGAGCCAGCACAAUUCAAAGAAGCUUAUUGAUACGAGUGAAAAGGGGUUGCGUGGUUCAAUCCCCAAGGAUUUUCCGUACUUCCAUGUUGAAUUCGGAUUGAACAAGGGGUUUGUUCAUGUUAUGGACGAUGAAAAACAGUUCAAAAGCAACUUUGGACUCAAUGUUAUAAGGGGGAUGCUGCGAUUGCCGGAAGAGGACAUGUAUGGUCGUAGGAAGCAUGAUUCAGUGGAGACACAAAAGCAAGCUGUUGCGAGUUUUGUCAAAGAUUGGGAACCUUUUGAUUGGACGAAACAACUUGACUAAACAUCAUUCUAUUUCCUUAACUGUGUGAUGCUCUUGUGCAUAUUUGGUGCUGCAGCCUUUGACUCAGUUGUGCGGACAAAAGUUUGCUAUGAUCCUUCUUCACAUUCAUCCUCUUUGUGGUACUGGCCCGAGAUUUGGAAUAGUUGGAUAGGAUAAUUUUAUUGCAUACAGCUUUGUAAUGUAUUGUUCAUUUGAUGAUGAGGGUUAGUCUAGGGCUAUUGGUCAUCUGUUUUGGAGGCUAACUAUGGUCUCAAAUUUGCAAAGUCAAACCUAUCUAAGAGCAUCUUCAAUGGUUAUUGUUAUAAUACCAUUGCUAUUGUUAUAAUUUGGCAAU